AUGCCAUGCUGUUCAUUUUUGUGGAAUUUGGAAAAACGUCGAGGAUAUGGUUUUCCAGAUAUAUUUCGCUAUAAGGGUUCCGUGCUUCCAAGUUGUAUUCCUAUCAUAUUUUGUUCGACCCUGUUUGCAACUAUCGUCACUGUUCUUUAUCUAGUCUAUAAUGUAAACCUUCUCUUACCGGGUAGUUUAGUUGGUACCGUCGCUGUUGUAGUUGGUCUUCUCUUGGGUUUUAGUACUAGCAACGCUUAUGAUCGAUAUUAUGAAGGUCGAAAGUUGUUUACUAAAAUGUGUACUCAUGUUAGAAAUUGCACACGUAUAAUCUGGGUCGGUAUUAAAGGCGAUCGUUAUGAAAAAGAAAAGCAUAUUAAACUUCUAUUGGCUUAUGUUGUUGCCGUCAAACAUCAUCUCCGAUGGGAAUUCGAAACUGACUGUUCAGACUUACGUUAUCUUCUUCCAGAAGAUUUCCAUUCAUCUCUUUAUGAUCGUAAAAAUACCGUUCCCAGAGAUGAAGAUCCCAAAGCCCCUGAAAUUGCUGUUCCUAGUCAAAGUGAUUCCCAACAAUCGCUCACACAAAACUUGUUUGGAUUACCAUCCGCAAUUAGAACACUUGCUAGGAGAGUUUCUCCAACCACUCUCAAAAAUCUUCGUGAUGCUCAAUUGUUAAAAUUUGCUGCAGAUGAACUUGCCGUUGAUGUAGACGCAAGCAUGUGUCUGCCUCUUGAAAUUAUUCAUCAUCUAGGUUUAUAUUUUGGCCAAAAAUUCCGUGAAAAAAAAGUAGAUGGCACUCGUUUCGAUAUGCUUACUGGUAGUUUGAACACAUUAAUUGAAAUUUUGGGUGAUUUGGAAAGGAUUGGAAAUACACCGAUUCCAUUUGCCUAUAAUCUUCACUUGAAACAAGUCGUCACAUUAUAUGUUUGGGUCCUUCCAUUUACUAUGGUUAAUGAACUCAAAUGGUUAACUAUCCCUGCUAUUAUGUUUAUUUCUUUUGUUCUUUUUGGUGUUUUGGCUAUUGGUAUGUGGAAUAAAUUCAUGUUUGUAUCACGUAAUUACGUUUAUCUUAACAUUUAUGCUAACAUUUUAAAAGGCGCUGAAAUUGAAAACCCAUUUGGUUAUGAUGAGAAUGAUCUUCCAUUAGAUGAUUAUUGCAAGGUAAGAAAUAUAAGAAAUGUGGCAACUGAUACUGAAAUUUUAUUAAGUUUAGGCUAG